CAUAUUCCAUAUCCAUAACAUUUUUUUUUUUUUUUUUUUUUUUGGGGCCUUUCUCUAUUUCUCUCAUUCUGUUUCAAAUAAUGUCAACAACACAGAAGAUAUUCUAUGUUGUUGCUAUUCUUCUUCUAUUCAGUUCAGGCCAAACAUUAUGCCACACCAAAGGUCUCCGACCAAGGAAUUCAUCUACCAGGCAACAGAACAAAAACAUGACUCAGACCCAAAUCUCUGAAUUGCAAUUCAUGAAGUGGGUUAGAUUUGUUGGGAGGCUCAAACACUCUGUUUUCAGAGCAGCAAAGAACAAGCUUUUCCCUUCCAUUACUCUCAGAGUGUCAAAAAACAAGGCUUCUGGAGAUUUCACUUCAAUUCAGGACGCCAUUGAUUCUCUACCUUUAGUCAAUCUCGUGAGAGUUGUCAUCAAGGUUCAUGCAGGAGUUUACACGGAAAAGGUUAGUAUACCUCCGUUCAAAUCAUACAUAACAAUAGAAGGAGCAGGGGCAGAGAAGACAAUAGUUCAGUGGGGAGACACAGCUCAAACACCUGGUCCAAGAGGGCAACCCAUGGGGACCUACAGUUCAGCAACUUUUGCUGUAAAUUCCCCUUAUUUCAUUGCCAAGAACAUUACAUUUAAGAACACAACCCCAGUUCCACCACCAGGAGCAAUAGGUAAACAAGCAGUGGCAUUUAGAAUAUCAGCAGACACAGCAGCCUUCUUUGGGUGUAGAUUCUUAGGAGCACAAGACACACUCUAUGAUCAUCUUGGUAGGCAUUAUUACAAAGAUUGUUACAUUGAAGGCUCAGUGGAUUUCAUCUUUGGCAAUUCACUCUCUCUAUUUGAGGGAUGUCACGUGCACGCCAUAGCACAGAAUAUAGGUGCCGUAACAGCACAAGGGAGAAGCAGCAUAUUGGAUGACACGGGGUUCUCAUUUGUGAACUGUAAGGUCACGGGUUCAGGAGCUUUGUAUCUUGGGAGAGCAUGGGGGCCUUUCUCAAGGGUCAUCUUUGCUUAUACAUAUAUGGACAACAUUAUCAUUCCCAAAGGCUGGUAUAAUUGGGGUGAUCCUAGCCGUGAGAUGACUGUGUUUUAUGGGCAAUACAAGUGCACAGGACCAGGAGCAAGCUUUGCAGGAAGGGUAUCAUGGUCAAGGGAACUUACUGAUGAGGAAGCCAAACCCUUUAUUUCACUUAGCUAUAUUGAUGGCUCUGAAUGGAUUAACAUGUGAUGCUAUAUCUGCAGUCUAUAAUUUUAGAUUCACAUAAAAUUUUUAAUUUUUUUCCCCUCAUAAAAUCUUUGUAAAAUCAUCCUUAUGAUCAUGUUACUAGGUAUAUAUAACUGAAAUAAAUGCCAUGUUAUCAAUUGGCAAUCACAUUAAUAAAAGAUUUUUCUUUUUUCUUU